UCGAGUUCUUCUAACAUUAUUGAAACGACGAGCAAAAUCCGAACAACAGACGACGAUUGGAGGCUUAAACGAUCUCUCAAGCUUUCUAUAACUUUGUAGGACCAAGGGAAAAGCUUUAAGGGGAAGGAAAAUCAUAGGCAUCAUGAAAACUAUCUUGGUCUUYCUUCUGUGUACUUUGCCUGUAUUUCCAGCAAUUUCCCUGCAUAAAGGUAACUGUAUUGAUAAAUAUCAUCACUGUAAGGAGUGGAGUGAUGCAGGCUAUUGCAACAUUAAAGGAUACACGACAUAUAUGGAUUUGAUGUGCUCGUACUCAUGCAGCAAAUGCCGAGAUCAUAUAGAAGUAACAAGAGCAUCAGGAGAGGAAAAAGACGAUGAUCUCCAGUUAGGAUCAGGAUCUGAUUUUCCUACUGAAGAAAUCUCAUCAACCGCCGAUGAAUCUAAAGAAGAAGUUAGUUCAAGUAGCGAGGAAUCAUCCUUCAAGAAACCACGUCCAAAUGAUGCUGUGAAUCCUAAUGUAAUAAAAGACAAUGGGAAUAAAAAUGUCAAACAAGAACGUUAUGAAGACGCCAACCCACCUGGCGUUCGAAAUAUUGCUAUGCCAAAAGACCUUCCAGAUGAAGUCAACCCACGUUCAAAAAUAACCAAGCCUAUAAGUCAACUCAGUCAUAUGGUGCAGACUCUGAAGAAAACAAUUGCUCAAUCAAAUCAAGCCAAUCAAAAGGCUAUGGCUGAUCUUAACUCAUCUAAUUACGAGUCAUCAACGGAUCAGGGGGACAGCCAAACUUCAGACAAAACACCAGCCAAUCAGGAAGCUUCAGGGUCAGCAGGAAGCGCAAGUGCAGAGGAGAUGAAAGACAUUGCCGGAGAAGUUCGAACAGGUUCAAAGAUAUUUGAGGAAGACGCGUUUGAAUCUGAAAGCACUUCUGGAUGCUCCUCAGGGUAUGGAUGCUACUCUGAACCCAGUGAUCAAGUGCGGCAAUCUCAAGAUGAUGAAGUUCAAGAACUUGAAUCGAGAUCAAAGAUUGAUAUCCCAGAACCACAAAAACAAGCAAGAAUCAAUGGUAAUUCAGCUAUCGACAGCCAUGGCGAGGAUGUAAACGGUGUGGCUAAGACUACAGAUAUUGAUGCACCAACUAAACAAGAGGACAAGGCGGCGAAAGUCGACAUCGAUUCUCCGAAAAAGCAAGAUGACAAAACAGAGAAAGUUGACAUUGAUUACCCAAAAAAGCAGGAUGGCAAAACAGCGAAAGUUGACAUCGAUUCCCAGAAAAAGCAAGAAGACAGAACAGCGAAAGUCGACAUCGACUCCCCGAAAAAGCAAGACGACGAAACAGAGAAAGUUGACAUUGAUUCUCCAAAAAAGCAAGAUGACAAAACAGAGAAAGUUGACAUCGAUUCCCCAAAAAAGCAAGAGGACGAAACAGUGAAAGUUGACAUCGAUUCACCCAAAAAGCAAGAGGACGAAACAGUGAAAGUUGACAUCGAUUCACCCAAGAAAUACAAAGUCGAGAAAAUUGACGUUGAUCAUGAUGCUUCAACAAAUCACGCUGUUAAAACAUCUAAAAUAGAUAUUACUGCAUCUCAAAAAGAAGCAGGAAAAAGCAAAAACAUUCAUAAAAAUGUAGAUCAAGAGAAAAUAGUAGAUAAACCUCAAAACAGUGAUAUUACCACUGGAUCACAGAAAGAAGAUGAAAAACAAGGCAGUAUUAGUCAUAACAAAGAUCAAGUGGAGGCAGAAGCUAUUGAGGGCAAUAGUGGAAGUGGCGAAAAUGCCCCAAAUACGUUGGAAUUGCAAAAUGAUCAAGCCAAUCACAAAGAAAAGAAUGCCUGGAAUCCACCUGAAGACACCGCCAGUGGGUCUGGCAAGGGAUUCAAUACUGCCACAAAGUCAAGAGAAGAUGGCGGCAUCGAUAAAAUAAUAAAAGAAGACGAGGAGGAGGAAGAUAUCGAUGGAUUAAAAACAGAGGUCGAGUCGACAGAGAAAUCUAACGAAGAACCAAAGGUAGUAAUGCAUGGUGAAGAGACGUUAGAGAAAAACGAUGAUGACAAUAAAUCGACAGGUAAACAGGUCAAUGAAGAAGUGAAGGAAAGUGGUUCAGGAUCACAAGACACUGAAGAAGACAACAUCGAAGAUGCACUUUACGACAAAGACAUGAGAAAGACGUCGCCCAAAAUAGAAGAACCAAAAACACCUAAAGACAUUUCUUCAUCUAAAGCUAUUCAAAAUGUGACUAUUGACAAUAACAAAGGCGACAAACUGAAGAAUGAACCAAGCAUCAAGGAUUUAACAUCGCCCAAGAACAAGGAAAGAUUGACAUCAAUAGAGAAUCUGAUAGCAAAUGGUAAGCUUAAGAGAAAACCAUACGCUGAGACAACGGCACGUGCAAGGGAAGAGCUUCCGAGAAUAGAGAACAAGGAGGCAGAUUCAACUUUUCUUGCUAACAAAAYAGGUAAAAGUCAUCGAGUUUCUGUGAUUCUCGACCAACACUUUUACAAGCCGUAUAACAAUGAAGACUCCAUGGCUUAUGAGAUGCUAGCACUAGACCUUAAAAAGGAGGUGGAGCGAGCUGUUGGCGGUCAAGCGUUGGUAUCACAAAUCAAAUUUAGCGAAAUUAAAAAGCCAGGAAAACUACCGAGCUAUUCAAGAGUACUAGCAAGCUUCAGGUUUUAUGGAGACGAGAAGAACCUUCACAAGGCUGUUAUGAAAGGUCUCGUUGGCGAUAUUAUGGUAGACAAGGCAUUUUAUCAGUCUUCUUAACCACGCGCUCAAAGGUUUCUAACUUUCUCUCUCGAUUUGCCAAUCUCGUACUCGGAUCCAUUGUAUCGUAAAGACCACGCGUAACGAAAUCUCUUGUCAGUCAUGCACGGUAUAGAACAGUGACUAGGGUACAUGAUUGGCAGACCGCAUCCUUUCAUGUUAAAAUUCAGCAAAGACGAUAAAAGAAAGGAAUAAAACUUAAUGACAAAUAAAAAAAGUUUACAAUCUGCUCGGGGAUAUGUGUAAACACUGCAAAGCGUGAAACAUUGCUGAACAACAGGGUUUAUUACUGAGGAUUAUGGUAGGACUACUACACGGUGCAGCAGACUAGCGUUCCAUAUCAUCUAGGAAAUUUCUGAAUACUCUAGAAAGUCUUAAAAAUUCACAUUGGUUUGAUUUUAGUACUUUUUGUCUUAUGUCAUGACGUAUUUGGCCAUGACUUACGAGUACAUAAUUCAGGCAAUGUAGUUAUUCAGUGCGAGAAAUCGUAGUUUCACGAGGAGUGUUUACACACAAGUGUUUGGUACAUUUCAGCAAUUUAAAUGAUAUAAAAGGGGCUGUUUUCGUAAAAAGGUAGAAGUAUAAUUUCCUUACUAUAGGAUACAUAAAAUUUUGUAGAAGUUAAUAUAUGAAUUUCCAAUAAAAUACAUUAUGAAA